GGCGCGGCCCGGGCUGUGGGCGCUAAUGGCGGCGGGCGCGACUGGCCCGAAGCUGGCGCUUUCGUAGGCUCUAACAAGCCUGGGUUCCAGGCCGGCCACCCGCCCCAUUGGCCUUGGACUGGUCACUGCCCUUUGUGGGCAUCAGUGUGCUCGUCUUCAAGUGGGGCCCGACAGCGCCAUCCUCGAAGGUCUGGCCCUAUUGGGCCUGCCUCGAUGCUGCGCGAACGUGCGCUUCUUUGCCUCCCUCCGUUAAAUCCCAGCGCUCGGGGUUCUUGCCAGUUAUUGGCAGGGCCAGGAGGUGUAGCGGGGCUGGUUGCUCCCACACCUGAAUUCACAUUUCGGCCUUGUCACUCGUUGCAGGUGUGACCUUGGCAGGAUGGAGCCAGGUGAAGAGAUGGAGGAGGAGGACUCUCCAGGCGGCCGUGAGGAUGGCUUCACUGCUGAGCACCUGGCCGCAGAGGCCAUGGCAGCUGACAUGGACCCCUGGCUGGUGUUUGAUGCCCGAACCACACCUGCUGCAGAGCUGGAUGCCUGGUUGGCCAAGUACCCACCAUCCCAGGUUACUCGCUAUGGGGACCCUGGCUCGCCCAACUCUGAGCCUGUGGGCUGGAUUGCAGCAUAUGGGCAGGGCUAUGUCCCCAACUCGGGUGAUGUGCAGGGCCUGCAGGCAGCCUGGGAAGCUCUGCAGACCAGCGGGCGGCCCAUCACACCGAGUACCCUGCGCCAGCUGGCCAUCACCCAUCAUGUGCUCUCUGGCAAGUGGCUGAUACACCUGGCACCUGGCUUCAAGCUGGACCAUGCCUGGGCUGGCAUUGCGCGGGCUGUGGUCGAGGGCCGGCUUCAGGUGGCCAAGGUGAGCCCACGGGCCAGGGAGGGUGGGCGCCAAGUCAUCUGUGUUUACACGGAUGACUUUACGGACCGCUUGGGUGUACUGGAGGCAGAUGCUGCCAUCCGUGCGGCAGGCAUUAAGUGCCUGCUCACCUACAAGCCUGACGUCUACACCUACCUGGGCAUCUACCGGGCCAACCGGUGGCACCUCUGCCCCACGCUUUAUGAGAGCCGCUUUCAGCUGGGGGGCAGUACCCGCGGCUCCCGUGUGCUGGACCGCGCCAACAAUGUGGAACUAACCUAGUGUGGCCAACUGGGGGACACCACCUUCUGCCCCUUCCCCCCCCCCCCCGGCUCCCUGCUAGGGAUGGAUCCUCCGAGCUUCCUCUUCUUUGUCCCAAGGAGUUUGAGCCCUCUAGCUCUGAGGACUACGCCAAUUGGGAACUGCCUGCAUCUUCGAUCCCUUUGAACUCUUGCCCUCUGUUCAGGGCUGACUCUCGAGUCCCCACCAGCUGGAGGCUCUGGCUCCCUGAGGGCCGGACCCUCAGCCUCUCUUUUCACUGCUGCUCCCCUCUGUCAUCCAGGACCACAGGCUGGGUACAGAUUCCCAGGAGGAGAGCCUUCCUUGGCCACCCUCACCCCCAGCUGUACCUCCCUCUCCUCCUGAAUCUUUUCCUUCUCCUCCCUCACAAGAGAGAAAAAUUAGUGCUUCCAGUCCUUCUUGGAGCCUUCACAGUCCAAGGGGCAAAGGCCCUGCAAGGCCUAAGCAUGCUGUUUUGUUGGGGGGGAGGGGGUGAUUGUACCCGCUCAGCCCUUGGCAGAGAGAAGGGAUGCCAGGGCCAUGGACAUGGGGCCUGCCCCUCCCUGCCACCUCAUACUGCCUGCACCACCUUCCUUCCUUCCUUUUACUAUUUUGACAUGUGCCUGCUCCUGGCAUUUCAAUAAAACCCAGUUUGGGUCUG